CAGCGCGGAUCCCGGGUGCCAGCGGCCGCGCUGGCAGAAGUCCCCGGCCGGCGGCUCGGGGCGCGGCGCUGUGGCGAGGGCGGCAGCUCGGAGCCGCGGCUGCUCCCGUAACCAAGGCGCUGUCAGGCGCGCACACACAGACGCGCAGCGCGAAGCAGAGCAGACUCGGGGCCGCCUUUGCAGCUCUUUCCCUCCCGCACCAUGCUGUGCUCCAGGCAGCGCCUGCACGCCGCUCCCUGAGGGGACGCAGCCCGCCGCCGCUUGGCAGCCGGCUGCCCGCCCCCGCUCCCCGAGUUCGCUCCGUCCCGGGCACUUCGGGCUGUUGCCGCCCCAUCGCAACGCCGUCCCCCGCUCCCAGUGUGGCAGCCCUUGGGCGGCGGGGGAGCAGCCGGGAGCAGCCGCCGCCGGCGAAGAGGAGCUCCAGCUCCCACCUCCGGAGCGCUUCAUGGCGUCUCACCAGCAAACCAGGAUCCAAGCCUACCUGGAGAAGAAUAAGAUCGGUCCUCUCUUCGAGGAGUUGAUGACCAAGCUGAUAACAGAGACACCUGACCAGCCAAUCCCAUUUUUAAUUGAUCAUCUUCAGUCUAAACAAGGGAACCGUGGUCAGCUUCAGAGAACACUGUCUGGCUCUGCUGCCCUUUGGGCAGAGAGUGAAGCAUCAGAAAACAAAGGAACAAGGAGAGAUUUCAGAAGUUAUGAUAAGCCUUGGCAGGUAAAUGCAAAGAAGCCUAAAAAGUCAAAGAGUGACCUUGCCGUAUCCAAUAUCUCUCCACCGUCACCGGAGUCCAAGUCAUUGCCAAGGUCAAUAGAGCAUCCUAAGUGGGAUUGGAGGACAAAACCGGAGAACCAUGAUUUUGAUGAGCUAAAUCAUAUUCUUCAAGAGAGCAAAAAACUUGGAAAAGCCCUUGAGAAUCUUUCUCGCAGUAUUGCUAUUUCUGAUGAACUUGAUAAGGAGACAACAGGUUUUAAUACCCCCCUUCUCAGACCUCGUGUGAUUGGAGAAUGGAUUGGUCGUGAAGAGAAUGACGCUGAUCCCCUGGCUGCUGAGAUGCUGCAGCCACCAAUUCCAAGAAAUAAAAAUGAGCAGUGGGACAGUGAAGACAGCAGCAGUCCUGGUGGAAGCUUAAAAAUGGAGCCAAAGACCAAAGGACUAAAACAGCAACAGCAGCAACAUAAGAAACUGCUGGCUGCCAUGCUUUCUCAAGACUCCUUUGAUUCUGCCCACAGCACAGCUCCAUCCGUAACUGAAGAAGAUAUUGACAAUGAAGAUGAUGCAAUGGAACUGCUGGAGGAUCUUGAUGACCUAAGAAUGGAAGGAGUAACAAGUCUGAUGUCUUCUGGGAGCAAAUUCAAUCAAAGUAGAAGUGCUCAUCCUGCUGAACCGCAAGCAAAGGUCACACUGAAUAUCUGUGCAAGAUGUGCCAGAUUGCAAGGAGAUAAUAUGGCAGAAAGGCCAGAAGAUGUCUCCAUGGUAUCUCAAACUUCAGAGCCAGCUAUGUCAGACUCUGAUGCUCAGGUACCUGGGAUUGAAACACUUAUGGAAGAUAUUGAUGAAUUGGAGAGUGCCUCUCAAGUGACAGUAUCUUCUCAGCCGGUUUGGACUAUGGAUGCCAUGGGUGUCAGAUCUGGUGGUUCCCCAAGACAGAAACUCUUAAAGGACUCCUUAGCAGCAAAAGAACUUCAGACCAUGGAAAAGCACCUGGCUGAUAUUGAAAAGGACCUAGCGCUGUGGGAAGAAGCAAGGCUCUCAAGAAGCCCUAGCAUCCAGCAUCACAGUUUAGGUACAUCUGAUCCUCAAGGCAAUCUUCAAGCUACACAGGGCCAAAAUCCGAGGCCAACUCAAAUGGGAAAAAACAUUCAGCUCCAAGGAAACAAAUCGCCACCACUGCCCACUAAUAGCCGAGCACAGGCCUCAGGUGUUACAAACAGCAGGCCUCCGACAGCUGGCGUGCAAACCAACAGGCCAUCGACUCCAUCAACGCCGGGGAGCAGACCUGUGACCCCAAACAGCUUGCUGUCACGGCCGCUCACUCCUGGCAGUCAAGGAAAUAAGGAAAGCAUCAUCAGUUUGCAUAGAAGUAGAUCUUUGACGUCAAAGAGCCAAAUGGGGAGGACCCUCAGCGCUGCUUCAGGGCUCUCUGUGCAAAUGAGUGGAGAUGUUGUCACUGUCACUGCUCAAAGAAGCAGUUUGUCAGAAGAUGAAUUCUUACAACAGCUUCAGCUUGCUCAUCAGCCUUGGAUGCUGCCGAGUGAUACAGAAAGUGAAGGAGUGGAAGCUGACCAAGACAAAUGUAAGUAUAUUUGUUAGGAGCUGAUGAUAUUUCAAAAAACUUUGAACUUUUUUAUAUCACUAAAUCUUGCAAUGAAGUCAUGCCUGCUCAGAGGAACUUUUCUCAUAAGAAGCAAUUACUCAUUUGUUUCAGGGCUGAACUUUAUAGGAUUGUUUUCCAUAAGCUUUCCUACAGACACUAAGCAUUGACAAAAUGAUCAAGGACCACAGCUUACCUAGCUAAGUGAAGUGAUUUGUUCUGGAGUGUUAAAGUAGUUGUUCCAGGGAAGUAGCAUGAAGUUGAAAUAGGUGUUCUGUUCAGUAAAUCUGUAUUGACCAGGGGAAAGAAAAAAAAAACAAACAAAAAAAAAAACAAACCAAAACUGCACAUGCAUACACAAGCCCAGUAGCUCUGAAAAAUAGAGCCUUCAUCCUCAUUAACUCUAUUUUGCCUGCAUUCUUUUGAAUUCCUCUGUAUGAAAAAAGUUCUCAAUUGCACCAGUAAUCCUUAAUUUCCUACACUCUUUGAAGCAGUUGUCUAAUCAUGAAUGUAAAGGUCAGCAGGAUCAUAACCUAAAUGACAGAACAGGUAACAACAAGGAGCGUGCUAUAAAUCACAGUACUUUCAAAGUACAGCGUGUUGUAUCUGGCGACAAGGUACCUGUAAAUAGUCUUGUUGAAAAUAUUAAAUGUUUCACAUUUUGCAAUAGUUUUCUGAUCUGAAAGGGUAAAUAUGCAAACUAUUUCCAUAGAUAAUUAAUGUGAUAUACUCAAAAAGAACAGGCAAUUUAAUCAGUGUGUUUAGAAAUCCUAAUACAUGUGACUAAAACUUCCUUAAACAUGCAGAGUUAAAAAUAUGAAAAAGCCAAUCUCUUCAUGGAAUGGAAUAGCUGUGUAUGGGAAUGAGUUCAUGGUUAAUGAUAAUCGUGCCAGAUAAACAGGAUAUAUUUCUUAAUGAUGCCACUUCAAAAAAAAAUUAUAUUUGAGUUUCACAAAUCCAUAAAUAGCCUGAGGUUUGACUAUGAAAUUUUGAUUUACAUGCUGAGAUACUGAAGAGUGUGAGCUAGUUGUUUAAUAAGAGUAGUGUAAAAUGGAAGUUCUGUGUAUUCAGUUGAUUUUAGUCCAAAGUUGGUAACAGUAGUUUUAUUUAUAUCUGAGCCUUUCACUUACCUUAGAGCUGAAACCCACUAUGAGUAGCCAAAGAGAGAGCCUGGUACCUACCCAAUCCAUGGACAUGAAAUUUUUUCUGUGUUUUUCUCCAAUGAAUUUACAAUCCCACCAACAUAGGUAGGACUGGCUUCACACAGCUUGGUGCUAAGUAUGUGAUCAGAAAAACCAGUGAUUCUGGACAUGUCAGAUGCAGUGUCUUUUCUUAGCUGCAGAGCCUGAAUUGUGGUGGGGGCAUUUCUGAGCACCCAAGAUCCUGUGCUAUAAGAUUCCGGGAAUUCUGGUAGAUUGUUGCCACUGCCUGUUGUGAGAAAGUAGUAGAUUUUAGGUGGAAAUAUCAGUCCUACUUCAGGAUCAAAGAGAUUAUACUUGCCUGAGUAAUAAUAGUUAUUUUUCCUGGAUCUGAUGGUACCAAAGCCAGAGAAGGGGGAAAAAAGGUAAUUGUGAACUAUGUUUUCUGUAGUGAAGAGGGAUCUGCAGCUGUCACAUAUUCUUUUGAGACUAUUUGUUAGACUGUAUUGUCAAAUACUGCAUUAUUUCUAGUAUGUCAGUCUUUCUACUAAUAUUCCUAAAGUAGAAAAAAAAGUUUAUCAAAGCAAUAAUUCCCAUAGCUGAUAUCUAAUGGUAAUCAAUGUUAUUAAAAUAACAAUGUUAUAAUGCCCAAGAGAGAUGAUAUGCUAGGUCAUGGGAAAACAAUGAUGCAGAACUAUCAUUGCUGGCAAAGAGAAGCUGCAAAUUCCCAGUUGUAAAGUGAGGAAUUGGGGAGGGGUUUGGCAUACUUGCUGAUGCCAGUGCUUGUAGUCUGAGCAGCUGGCAAAAUUCUGCAUCAUUUUUCACCCUCAAGUUAAUAAAUCUGUAUAGAUGUUGUGCUUGUGAUUUAGUGUUGAGGGGCCCAGGAGUGCAUAAUUUAUGAGUCUUAGCAGAAGAGCUGCAAAAUUAAUCUUUACAAUAGCAACACCUGUUCUUUGACUCAGCUUUUAAUAAAUUACAUGUGGAUAAUACUUACCACAUUCUUUGACUACCUUCAGAUAAUAGCAGCCAGGUGUAAAGCUAGUUUUUGGUAGUGGGAAAACAAUGCAAAAAGAGAAGAUAUGGGAGUCACCUUGAGUUCUUUUAAAUUAAUUCCUUGUGGUUACUGUUCUACAAGAAAAAGAAUGAAAAACUUUUUUUGGUGGGGAACUGUGCAAAUGUGCUCAGAUGCAGGAGUUUAAAGAGGCUAUUUUCAAGGCCAGUGAAUGAUAGCUGAACAGAAGUAGGUCACUUUGGAAUCUCAAAAUCUUCCAACAAUUACUUGCAACACAGAUAUGGCAGUGCAUAACUUGUCUUAUGGAAAGGAGGUCUAGGUUUUCAAUUCCUGAAAAUCAGACUUUACUUUCUAAACCCUUGAGGCCCUCUGACAGCAUUUUAAAAAUUUAUGAGGAGCAUCCAGAUAUAAAUAACUAGAUGUCAGUCAUUUUUAAAGAUGUUUCAGACCAGUUAUAACAAUAUAAAUUUGUAAACAUACACUAGAGAAAGAUGUGUACGUUUUUCCCCUUACAAUGUAAAUGUUGUGAUUAAAAUAAUAGGAACUAGUGCAUACUUUUUAUAGUAGAACUGUCACCUAAUAACUAAAUCUCUUCUGUUUGUUAAAUAUGUUCUUUGAUAUUAUGCAUGCACUGAGCAAAGAGGAGUGAGAACUGUCAAGGCAGCAUGAUCCAAAAUGAAGAGCGUGUGGCUCUUCUGUAACUUUAGUGUCACUAAAAACAUGUGAAAAGGGACUUGUGUUUUGUUCCUCUCAAGAUAUUUCCCCAUUGUUAUCUUCAGGAGUUUGUUUGUAUACUAAUUAUCUGCAGAAAGUUCUCAGAGAAUAUAUAAAUAUCAUUUUUGGAAACAGAAGGGAUCUGGAGAAAAUAUUUACCAGAUCCACAAUAUUUCAGGUUGAUGAGAGUCCUUUGACAAAAGUAAUUUUCUUCAUUACGGGGCGCUUUUGCUAAGAAACAGAAAACUGCUUCUGCAGUCACCAGAGCAUUUCUCAGACAGCUUUUCUGAGAAGUUUCAGAAGACUGACAAGAGCCAGCUUAAGUUUUCCCUUGAGAACAGUCCCAACAAAUAUUGCUGAUUGAAAAAUUCUGAUGCAUCACUAGCUUCCCAGAAUCUUGGAAGGAUGAUGACUGUCUUUUGUUGUAUUUUGGCCUGCUUUUAGUAGCCCAGGGAUGGACUUGCUGCCCAAAGUCUGCUUUCCUGAGUGCCUAACUGAAGAAGUAAGUCACAAAGCAGAUAUCUCCAGAUUCAAAAGCCCUGAAUAUGCAGGAUCCCUACACCUGCAGUCAGUUCAUUUCACAGAUGUACGUGAUAGGAAAAUAACUUAGGCUUUUAGGGAACUUAUUGUUUCAUUAGUUCAUAUUAAAUAUAUAUAUAUAUGUGUGUGUUUGUACACAUUCCUUUGCUCCAGUCUGAUUAAGGUAUAGCAAUUUUGUAGUCAUUGGCACACUAAGCAGUGUGGCUACAAGUUCAUCCUAACUUCAGCUUGUCAACAGAAGUACUAGCUACUCUUGGGACAAGUCUUAAACUCUCACCUACUGAUCUCUGGCAAGAAACUUAUGCAUUUUGCCACUAUAUAUCUGCAAACUCCUUUCUAAGGGUUUGCAAUGGAAAGUCAACUACUACUAACAAAUAAAAGCUGAUUGUUAGGAGCAAGUAUUAUUUAUUUCCACUCCAUUCAUUUUUGUACUUCUCUUGAAACACUGCUGUCAAAAGCCCUCUGCUGAUUACUUCAACAGGUAAUGUAUAAAAUGUUCUUUUUCCCAUUCUGCAUUCUGACAAAUGUCUGCCUAAGAAAAAGACCCCAAAAAUGAAAUACUGAUUUUUGUAGGAUCAACUAAUUCAGAAUGUGUUCCAGUAAAAUUCCAAACUUUACAAUGUUUGUCUGCAGCUGAAAUUCCUUAUGCUGAGCAAGUUCACACAGCUAAACAGAUAUUCUUUCUUAAUAAAUUUUAAAAAUAGAUGUUCCUAAGAUUUAAAAAAUAGCUUGAUUGGCGUUCAUGAAAAGGAAUUUAAUGCUGCAAUAUGUUUUUGAUGUGAAAGUUUCCUCUUACUAGAGCCAGUUACCAUAUGUAUGUGUAUGAGUAGGAGUGACAGAAUCAGGCCUAGAGUAGAAGCUGUUGAUUGAAACUUUUAUGGAUUAACACAAACACAUUCCUGUUAGUCACGUUCAGCUUUUUGCAUUUGUAUUCUGCUCUGAUGCAUUUUAUCAGUACCUGGAAAUAUCUCUUUCAGUGUUCAUAACUUGGGGCAAGACUAGAUUUUUUUAUCUGUUAUAUCUUAGAUAUAAGGCAUUGCAAAAAUGUAUUAAUGAAUUACAUGCCAAGUUAAUAAGAUGUAGUUAGAGAUUUUCGCAGUGAAUACUAAAUUCACUACAAAUGCUUUUUCUUAUCUCAAAAGUGAAUCUGCAUUCAACUUCUGGGAAACUUUGAUUUGAGAUUCGUUAUUCUUUUGAAGAAACCUAGUGUAUCUUUCUUUCACCAGAUAUCUCAAGAGUAGAAAUAAAAACCAGAAUAAAAAAGUCAGCAUGCUGCAUCUCCCCACCCUUUCUAGAGAGUGUCGUGACUGUGGUAUGCUUGGCAUAUGAAGGAUUUCCCAAAUCUCUCCAGACAGCUCCAGGCCCGCCUUAGAAGUGGAGUACCAGUCAGGAUUGGUGUGCUUUAAAUACAAUUUCCCCAGGCCUGUUGGGAAGUCUUGGCUGGAUGUCUUGCAACAUUUAUAGCUGAAACUUCACCAUUUGAUAUAACAGAUCUCUGAAUCUGAAAAUGAGAGAGAAAAGAGUUUUCUAUCCUGCAAACACUAGUAUUCAGUUGAUCAUAGUGAAACAAAAGUAGAGAUUGACGUUAUUUUUACCAGUAGUUGCAUCACUCUUGGAAAGGUAAGACUUCAGAUGCAGCCUGGUACAGUUGGAAUCAGACUUAAGGUUCCUGUUUUUUGACUGAAUGUUCUGUUGUGGCUCUAGUUCACGUCGCUUUGUUUAUUAAUGUCUGAUAUUUGGUUUAAUCUUAGAAAAAUUCCCACUGAAAUUGAGCAGGGAGGGAGGAAAUUUUCCGCCGCAGUGAGAAAAAAAAAAUAAUCCUGUAUUUCAGUGGGGACAUAUUCCAAACCCAAGGAUAUGAAUUUUUGCAUUAUUAUUGUUAUGGUGAUCUUGGAUUUCCAAAGAAUGUAUUAAUGUAAUACAAAUAACACGGUCAUUUUAAAAAAAAAGUGACAUAGAGUGGCUUAGAGAAUUAUCAAGGUACAAAUUAGGUGAAUUAAAAGCUGGCUCACUGAGGAAUCAAAAAAUAAGAGAAUCUAAUGGGAAGGUGUAGAUGAAUGGGGCUCAUUAGUGCUGAUAGGUUUAGAUAAUUGAUGUAAGGGAGAAGUUGAAGAUAUUAAAUAAUAUGAAUCUGCUGAUAUAAUGGCCACAUUCCAGUAAAAUGCACUUUAUUAUAACCAGAUGAAACAUAUUUGAAGCAAAUGAAAUAUAUGUGACACCAGAGAAAUAUAUCUGUCUCUGCUGCAGAAUAAUGAGACUUUGUCCUGAAAAGCAGUGACUUAAUGAGUUUAGGAUGGUCACAGAUUAUCGUCUCAGUGUGAGCUCUUAGAAUAAUGCUGUAAACAAAUGAGGGUAAACCAUUCCUUGCAUGCCUAAAAAGUUAAGUAACAAAGUAAUUAUUCAAAAUAGUAUCACCUAAAAUCUGCACUUCGGGUGUCAUUAGGAAAGAUUGGAAUUACUUAAGAAAUUACAGAAGAUUAAAAGCGACCCGGCAUUUGAGAAGUCUUGUUAGCAGUUCACCUAAAGGCAUCCACUAGGAACUUCAGAGAUGAUAUAUGUCUGUAGAUCUUUAAAUAAGAAAGAUUAAACUCUUCAAAUUAUGACAACGGAAAUUGAUGCUAUGACCUAGCAUGUAGGGGCCUUAAGCAUUGUAACCAAAAGUUGAGGGAAGUGAUUAAUUCGAAGUCAUUAACAUGAGGUGAUGGCGCUUUCUAAAUGACAGAUGUUAAUCCAGCUGGAGAUUCUGGUAUGCAAGUGGUCAAAUUAGAUGAGCACGCAGGACUUUUUUUGCUGGUGUCUGUGAAUAUACUUAUUCACUCUCACAAAGUGUAGUCUAGAAGUGAAAUUUCAGUUACUUCCCUGGGUAGGCAUAUUUCCUGUUAGGUAUGGAUAAAGGUGAGCAUGAGUUAAUGAUCAUAUCUGCCUUAAUUUCUUUAAAGGUUUCCUUAUUUGUGUUUUAAUGUGUUCAAAGUGAUUCUCAGUCCUCCCAGCAGUACCUGGUGAAUAUCACAAGAUUACAAACAAAAAGAGCUUAUUCUUUGCAGAUGAAAAAUGCAUUUUCUUACAAACACCAGAUCAUGUGCAUGACUGUAUUUACAUGCAUGCACAUUUUCGUGAUUGUAUGUUGAGGCUUAUUCUUGUGAUAUUAAACUGCAAAGAUUUCCUUAGUUGUUUUUAUUCUCAUAAUUUAACCCUUGGAAUAUAAAAAUGAUUUAUGUGAGAAAGUAGAGUGCCUCUGGAUCAAGUCUGUGCAACCUAUUGUAUGGUACCUGCUUGAGCAGAGGGCUUGGACUCAAUAAUCUCUUGAGUUCCCUUCCAACUUCUGUGAUUCUGUAAUUCUGUGAAGUUAAGGUUGUUCUUAAUGAUCAAAAAUAUAAACUUAGGAAACAGUAAGAGUUUGGAUUAAUACUGACCAUAAUAUGGAUAUUAGUAAAAUGCUAUAUAGGCUUUAUUUUGCUUGACAAAGCAAGUCAGUAGAUACCGUGAACAGAUUUUGUGCUUUGAAAAUUUUAAAGAUGCAUGUGACAAGAGUGGAAUGGAACACAAUAAUUCAUUUGGAAGGGGCCUUCAAAGAUCAUCUAGUCCAACUACCUGACUACUUCAGAGCUAAACAGAAGUUAAAGUGUCCAAACACCUCUUGGACACUGACAGAUACACCUGUCAGAGAGAGCAACCACCUCUCUAAGAGGUCUGCCCCUUGGUUUUACCACCCUCACAGUAAAUAAUUUCUUUGUUCUGUCUAGCCUGGAUGCCUAAUAUUAAAUG